AUGCUAUUCAGUUCGGCAUUGUGGAUGGCCGCCACCCUAGUAGGUGCCGCCCUAGCCGACCAGUUUGACACCAGCAACUAUGCGCCGGAGGAUGUAAUCUCCCGCGAUGUGUGCAUCAUUGGGGGAGGAUCCACGGGCACCUACGCUACCAUCAACCUCAAAGAUCGCGGACAAACAGUGGUGGUGGUGGAGAAGGAAUCGGUGCUGGGGGGCCACACGAAUACCUAUACGGAUCCCAAAACAGGCACCAAGAUCGACUACGGCGUGCGCAGCUACUCCAACUACUCAGUGGUUCGCGACUUCUUCGCCCGAUUCGACGUCCCGCUGACUGAGUACACCUUUGAUGCCGAACAUCAGGUCUUUGUGGAUUUCCAAACGGGCCAGAAUUUCCCUAAAUUUAACGCAUCCUUUGACUUCUUGGCAUACAUUGCGCAGCUGGCCAAAUACCCGUAUCUGUCCACCAGUUGGUCGCUGCCCGACCCGGUCCCCGAGGACCUCCUCCUCCCUUUCCGAGACUUCAUCACUAAGUACUCACUGCAGGACAUUGCCUUUACCAUCUGGGAGUACUCCUGGGGCUGUGGCGAUAUCCUGGAACAGCCGACCGUGUACAUACUCAAAGCGGUGGACCAACCAUUUGUGGAAGGGCUGGAACAGGGGCUUCUCACCACCGCACGAUUGAACAACCAUGAGAUUUACGACAAGGCCCUGGAGGAGCUAGGCUCAGAUGCCCUAGUCUCCAGCACGGUGAGCGCCGCCCAGCGCACCGAGGGCGAAAAGGUCAAGCUGGUCGUCCAGACGCCCAAUGGCAAGAAGCUGGUCGUCGCCUCCAAGGUGGUGGUGACCAUGCCGCCCAAGAUCGAGAACAUGCAGCCAUUGGGCCUGGACUCGCAAGAGGAGUCCAUCUUCCAACAGUUCGACAACAGCGCGUGGUACGUCUUCGUGGUCACCGACACCGGUCUGCCCGUGGGCUACAGCUUCCAGAAUGUGCGGCCCUCCAGCCACAGCACCUUCAAGAUUCCGCCUCUGCCCGGUAUGUAUAACCUCAAUCCCACCCCGGUCGACGGGAUCUUCGCGGGAUGGUACGGCGGGCCGAAUGCUGUCUCCCAGGAGGACGCCAAAUCCGAUAUUCUCCGAUCCAUCGCCCAUGUCCGCAAGGGGCUCAAUAUCUUCACUACUGACAAGACUCGGUUCUUGGCUUGCGACAGCCACACCCCGUUCCAACUGACCGUUCCUGCUGAUGCUAUCCGGAAUGGGUUCUAUCAUGAUCUCGAGGGACUGCAGGGCCAUCGGAACACGUGGUAUACGGGGGCGGCCUUUCUCUCGCAUCAUGCGGGCGCUCUGUGGAAUUACACACACCAGUUGCUGCCCAGCAUUGUUGGGGAGACAACUUGA